AUGCCGGCCGACCGCCUCCUCUCCACGCUGCUGCGCGCGCUCCAAGUCUACACUGACCAAGAAGACACGCCUCGGUUCGCCUAUUCACCACCACCUCGACAGCCUCUCCAGCUAACAAUCGCCAGCAUCCUCGGCACGGCGUCCUCGCUCCUCACCACCCUCGGAAACCCCCACAACCUGUCCCUCCUCACAUCGCACCUCCUGACCGCGCCCGCGCUCUGGGACCGCCCCGAUGGCGUCCGCACGAGUCUGCGCCUGCUCUCCGUCUUCCACACAGCCGUCACGACCGUGAUCACGCACCACAACGAUGCGCGAUUUGGCAAAGCGGCGGAACUGCUUCCGGGACAGACACCUGUUGGCGGGGGGUUGAGUCUGGAUGACUGGAUCAAAGCGGUUGUUGCCGGCGCCGACGAUAGGAGUAGGCGCUGGAAGCAUCUUAUCGUGCUUGGGGGGUUGCUGAUUGGGAUUGGGAAUCUGGAAGAGCAGGGAAUGGAUCUGUAUUGGGCAGGGGGUGUGAGGAGGAGGAUCGAGGGCGCUUUGGUCAAUGCGACGAAUCUUGCGCUUGUCGAGGUCAGGGAGAGGAGCGAGGCGGAUGGGCUGGGUGGCCAGACGAUCACGCUCAUCUUGAACCACGCAUUUGGGUGUAUCGAUGAUGUCGAAAGGGCGCUGCUGGACUAUGAUCUGUUGCUGCCGGUGUUGAUUGGCACGGCGUUCUACUCGAGUGAAGGGUUCCAGAGCGCGUACUUCCUCGGCGGCCUGGAUCUGGACGUCAGGGUCGCGCAGAAUGGGAAGCUCGAUUGGAGUGCGUCGUCCAGCUCGUACCGGCAGGUCGAGGCCAUUCUUGCCAGACCUCUGGUAGCGUCCAUGGGCCCGCUGUCGCGACUCAUUGCUCAUGCAGUGGAGAAUGUGAAGAGCCCUUGGAUCAUUCAGACCAUGAUGGACGACCUGGCGAGCUUCUCGCGCGCUCUCACGACACAGUGGCGGCAAAUUAAGCUCUCGGAUAUCGACUCCAGUGACGAAGCUGCACAUCUCGAAGAGGAGGCCCUCCACAAAACGACGCCGCAGCUCUGGAAGCUCCUAAAGGCCGCUCUCUUCGCCACCACAAUCAUCUUGCGAGGCGUCUUCACCCGCGCAUUGCGCGACCCAGUCCUCGCGUCUGAUGCUAAAGCUCCAGCUCUGGCAUCUCAAGUUCUCCUCACCUUACGACACUUGUAUUUCAUCACCUCCCGCCUCGGGCCGGCCUCCUUCUCGCAAUACACCUUUGUUUAUCUUACUGCCAUCGAUAUCCUCUCCACACAUUCUGUAGCCUCAACGAAAUUCCUGUCCCUGAUCGCACCUCCACACCUCGGCACGAUACCCUCCCAUCCACUGGAUCGAACCCUGGACCUCUACUUCCUCAACACCAGCGAGCACUUCUCGCUCAUCCUCCCAGCAACGGUCAACGAAGACCUCCUCGUCGCCGCCGCAGUCCCUUACCUCGCGUCGCUCUCCACCUCCACGGGGCUGAUGCAAAACUUCGAAGCUGCGCACUCAGUCAUGCUCUCCGUUCUCCUGGCGCCUCAAAGCGCAGAGGUGACCGCCAAGCACCUCCCUUUCUACAUAGACGCCUUGUUCUCAGCGUUCCCUACCUCGCUGUCUGCGCGCCAGUUCAGACUCGCGUUCAAGACGCUGAUGCGCGUCACCGCCCCACCCUCGCCGCUGAGCGCCUCACAUCCUGAUCUACCAGCCACAUUGCUCGAGCUCGUACACUACAGAGCGCUACAUGCGCCCACAACACCGCUCCCACCGGAUGCCGUCGCUCUCGCGCUGCAAGGCAGCGAUGCACCUCCCCCAGCACUCUCAGAGCAGGCAGUCCUCGCACUUACUCUAAUUGAUGCGCUGCCUUUCCUUACCAUCAAUCUGCUGGAUGAGUGGUUACCGCUUUGCGCGCAGCUGCUCAAUGGUAUCGAUGAUCGCGAGAUGAGGGAAGUGGUCAAGGCGAGGUUUUGGGAGGUGCUUGUGAGUGGCGAGAUGGAUGCGGAGAGGAGUGGGGUUGCGGUUGGGUGGUGGACGACGACGGGUGGGAGGGAUAUGGUUCUUUACGGCCGUGAAGGGUUUGGGAGGGAGGAGGCUGAUGAGGUGAUGAUGAGUGGCGCGUUGCCGGUUGAGGGGGUGAGGAGUAAACUGUGA